UACAAAUAUUAUAAGUUUCUAACACACAACAGAACACGGACAACAAAGUACACGCACGACACGAGAGUCAACGACACAGACAGCCGGAAAACAUGAAGAGACUCCACCGCGGCGGAGAUCACCCAGAGAUGCAAAAGACGGAAAACAUGAAGAGACUCCGCCGCGGAGAUCACCCAGAGAUGCCAAAGAAGACAGUCGACGCCGGUGCAUCAGGAGGAGGAGAAGAAGGAAUCACCUGCGGGGGCUGCGGGACGCCGGUGUCGAUGGAACUCGAUGACGAUCAUCAUCACGUUCACAUGGAUCUGCUGUCGUCGGCUGAUUCCGACGCUGUUUGGGACAAGUUCCUUCCCCCUGAUAUCCCCUCCAUCCUAUCUCACUCCUCCUCCUCCGAGAAGAAGCUUUACCUCACUCUCUGCGAAAACCCUGUCCUCGUUGACGACGGCAAAAUGAGUUUUACUCUGGACAAAUGGAGUGGGAAAAAAUGUUACAUGAUAUCGCCGAAGGACCUUAUGAUUAUUUGGGGUGAUACUCCUGAGUACUGGAAAUGGAUUUCUCUUGCCAACUCCAGGUUUGAGGAGGUGGCUGCGCUUGUAGUUGUUUGGUGGCUUGAGAUCCGUGGCAAAAUUGAUACACGGAUUCUUUCCCCCUCCACUGUCUACAAAGCUUAUCUUGUGUUCAUGUUAAGUGAAGGGGCUAGAGGAUUUGAUCGUGACGAUCCCUUGGAGGUCAAGGUAGGACUUUUUGGGGAAGAAGAGACUAGUAGUAAGCGCAUUGUGUUUCUGGGGAGACAGAACAUUACCGGGAGACCCAUGGAAAUCGAUGAAACUCAAUAUCCAAAGAAAAGGCCCGACGGCUGGCUGGAGGUGGAGAUUGGAGAGUUUUUCUGUCCAGGAGAAGAAGAUGGGGGGUUAAUGGAGAUGACAUGUAUGGAUGUUGACCUUCAUAGAAUGAAGAGAGGCCUUAUUGUUCAGGGGAUUGAAGUCAGGCCCAAAAGAGCGUAGGAAGUUUAACUUGCCCAAAACUUUCUACUUUGACAUUAUAAGUGGCUAAACCCUGAUCAUCAACGGUGGUUACAAUUCUCUUGAAUAAUUAUUUAAUGAUUCCUUUCACCUUUGAAUACUCGUUGUAAAACGUUAUGAACUUAUUUGAUGGAUGGAUAGAUCGGGAGAUCUGUUAUCACAUGUAUAGUUUUUUUUACCUAGGAAUGGUUGCAUUCUCUUCUCGGCCAAGUUCAUGGUGCACAACAAAGUAAUAUUACCCUAA